UUUGGUGAAAUUUCAGGAACCAUAGCCAUUGAAAUAGAUGAGGGAACCUAUAUACAUGCACUCGACAAUGGUCUUUUUACCCUGGGAGCUCCACACAAAGAAGGGGAAAAUGGCUUUACUGGCCUCAAAUAGCUGCUUUAUUAGAUGCAAUGAAGCAGGAGACAUAGAAUCAAAAAGUAAAACAGCAGGAGAAGAAAUGAUCAAGAUUAGAUCCUGUGCUGAAAGAGAAACCAAGAAAAAAGGUGACAUUCCAGAAGAAGACAAAGGAAGUGUAAAACAAUGUGAAAUCAAUUAUGUAAAGAAAUUUCAGAGCUUCCAAGACCACAAACUUAAAAUAAGUAAAGAAGACAGUGAAAUUCUUAAAAAGGCUCGGAAAGAUGGAUUUUUGCAUGAGAUGCUUCUGGAUAGGUAGCUAUUUAUUUACUUAUUUCCACUAUUUUCAGUAGCCAAUAGAAAUGGCAUGUAGAAAACCUACAUUCUCUUAAAUUACUGUAGUUUUCACAUUUUUGUCUUUAUUUCUAAUUUAUGAGUGUGGCAAUAUUACCUAGAGAGGACAUCAUAACUUUGGGAAAAGACUGUCAAGAAAGAAUAUCUAAAAAUUAUAACUGAUUCUAAGUAUAU